UGAGUGUGUGUUUUAUCGUGGAAUUUUCAUUAUGAUUUGAAAUUUUAAUAUUGUUUUUAAAAACUAUAGUUUUUUAUUUAUUUAUUUUUCAUUUUCAUUUGUUUAAAUGAAAUGGUCGGAUUAUCCGGGGGUACUCAUAUGUAUACAGCUAAUAUUUCACAAGACGUACGUGAUAUGGCUGGCAGUAUACCAACAAAUGCUCCAACAUCAGCUGAUGCUUGUUUAAGUAUCGUUCAUAGUUUAAUGUGUCAUCGUCAAGGUGGCGAAAGUGAAGGUUUUGCUAAACGUGCUAUCGAAAGUUUAGUAAAGAAACUAAAAGAGAAACGUGAAGAAUUGGACUCGUUAAUUGUUGCAAUCACUACAAAUGGAGCACAUCCGAGCAAAUGUGUUACUAUACAACGUACCCUUGAUGGCCGUCUUCAAGUUGCAGGACGAAAAGGUUUUCCACAUGUAAUCUACGCAAGAAUAUGGCGUUGGCCUGAUUUACAUAAAAAUGAGUUAAAACAUGUGAAAUAUUGUCAAUUCGCAUUCGAUUUGAAAUGUGAUUCAGUUUGUGUGAAUCCAUACCAUUAUGAACGGGUUGUCUCACCAGGAAUAGAUUUAUCGGGAUUAACCUUACAAUCAGGUCCAAGUCGUUUGGUCAAAGAUGAAUAUUCGGCUGGUGUUAGUUUAAGUGUGGGUCUAGGUAAUUCUGGUGUUGUUUCUGUACCGUCUGCAGCCGGUACAGGUGGCAUGGAUGUGGAUAAUGAUCCAAUGAGUUCAAAUUCUUCGGCUGUUACCCAAACCAUUCAACAUCAUCCACAAUCCCAACAGCCGUAUAGUUUGUCAGCAUUACAGCAAUCAGCAAGUAGUGCUGAUUCCGCAGUAAACUACUUAAAUCCAUCGACAACAGUACGACUUGCUUUAGCUGGGGACCAAUUAACAAGUCUCCAUGCCAGUGGACAAAUCACUAAAAUUGAACAAGAUAAUUGUACCAGGUCCACUUGGUUACCAUCGCGCAUGCUACAUUCUAAUGUUGCCCACGGGAUAAAUAUGGGAACACAUCCGAAUCAGCUGGGUGGACAGCAAUCAACAGGAGCAGUUCCUACUCAGACAACACCGCAACAGGCGAAUUUCUUUAAUUCAACCGAAGCUGUUGCUGAUUCCCUUGGUGUUGUUGGCACAUUAAAUACACCUUUAGGAACAAAUGCCACGUCUGUAAACUCAUCACAUUUACAUCAAAAUGGAUUUGGUGGACCUGGAGGUAGUGGAACCGCUGGUGGGAGUACCUCAACGUCAGUCAGUGGAACAGCACCCACACCCACAAACAGUGGUAACAGUCAACAAACAAAUGUAGCGGGAUCAGCAUCAAGUCAAGGACCACCUGGUGUUAGUCAAACCACGGUUGUUCCUGGAACAGGUGCACGAGCUUAUGCUCAACAACAACAACAACAGCAACAACGACAAGGUGGAGGUCAAGGCACUUGGACAGGACCCAACACACUUAUUUACACACAAAGUAUGCAACCACCUCCGCAAGAUGUUCGAAAUCAUCAUACUGGUUAUUGGAGUCAUGCACCCAAUCAAUUAGGGGGUGAAGUAAAUGUUGGUGGUUUACUCUCAUCACAACCAGCACCAGAAUAUUGGUGUUCCGUAGCAUAUUUUGAGCUUGAUACUCAAGUUGGUGAAACAUUCAAAGUACCAUCUAGUUGUCCAAAUGUCACUGUCGAUGGGUAUGUCGAUCCGAGCGGUGGUAAUCGAUUUUGUUUGGGUGCUUUGAGUAAUGUACAUCGAACUGAACAAAGUGAACGAGCAAGAUUACAUAUUGGAAAAGGCGUUCAAUUGGAUUUACGAGGGGAAGGUGAUGUAUGGUUGCGUUGUUUAAGUGAUCACAGUGUAUUUGUUCAAAGUUAUUAUUUGGAUCGUGAAGCUGGUCGUGCUCCAGGCGAUGCUGUUCAUAAAAUUUACCCUUCAGCGUAUAUCAAAGUGUUUGAUUUACGACAAUGUCACAGACAGAUGCAAUCUCAAGCGGCAACUGCUCAAGCAGCCGCAGCUGCACAAGCUGCCGCCGUUGCUGGUCAUAUUCCAGGCCCACAUUCAGUUGGUGGAAUUGCACCGGCCAUCAGUCUUUCAACGGUAGCUGGUAUCGGUGUGGACGAUUUACGACGAUUAUGUAUAUUACGUUUGAGUUUUGUAAAAGGUUGGGGUCCAGACUACCCUCGUCAAUCAAUCAAAGAGACACCAUGCUGGAUUGAAGUUCAUCUACAUCGUGCACUUCAACUGCUGGACGAAGUGUUACAUGCAAUGCCCAUAGAUGGUCCUAGUGGCAUUGAAUAAAUGAAUAAAUGGUCCUGGACAGCUCGAGUGGCUUGUCCCCCGCCACACACACACACACACACA